GCCACCUUCAGCCAAGAUGAUGCUGAGGGGUCUGGUUCUGUCAACGCCACCUUCAGCCAAGACUAUGCUGAGGGGUCUGGUUCUGUCAACGCCACCUUCAGCCAAGACUCUCCUGAGGGGUCUGGUUCUGUCAACGCCACCUUCAGCCAGGACGAUGCUCAGGGGUCUGGUUCUGUCAAUGCCACCUUCAGCCAAGAUGAUGCUGAGGGGUCUGGUUCUGUCAACGCCACCUUCAGCCAGGACUAUGCUGAGGGGUCUGGUUCUGUCAACGCCACCUUCAGCCAGGACGAUGCUGAGGGGUCUGGUUCUGUCAACGCCACCUUCAGCCAGGACUAUGCUGAGGGGUCUGGUUCUGUCAACGCCACCUUCAGCCAAGACUAUGCUGAGGGGUCUGGUUCUGUCAAUGCCACCUUCAGCCAGGAUUCUCCUGAGGGGUCUGGGUCUGUCAACGCCACCUUCAGCCAAGACUAUGCUGAGGGGUCUGGUUCUGUCAACGCCACCUUCAGCCAGGAUGAUGGGUCUGGUUCUGUCAACGCCACCUUCAGCCAAGACUCUCCUGAGGGGUCUGGUUCUGUCAACGCCACCUUCAGCCAGGACGAUGCUGUGGGGUCUGGUUCUGUCAACGCCACCUUCAGCCAAGACUCUCCUGAGGGGUCUGGUUCUGUCAACGCCACCUUCAGCCAGGACGAUGCUGAGGGGUCUGGUUUUGUAAACACCACCUUCAGCCAGGACGAUGCUCAGGGGUCUGGUUCUGUCAAUGCCACCUUCAGCCAAGAUGAUGCUGAAGGGUCUGGUUUUGUCAACGCCACCUUCAGCCAAGAUGAUGCUGAGGGGUCUGGUUCUGUGAAUGCCACCUUCAGCCAAGACUCUCCUGAGGGGUCUGGUUCUGUCAAUGCCACCUUCAGCCAAGAUGAUGCUGAGGGGUCUGGUUCUGUCAAUGCCACCUUCAGCCAAGAUGAUGCUGAGGGGUCUGGUUCUGUCAACGCCACCUUCAGCCAAGACUCUCCUGAGGGGUCUGGUUCUGUCAAUGCCACCUUCAGCCAAGAUGAUGCUGAGGGGUCUGGUUCUGUCAAUGCCACCUUCAGCCAAGAUGAUACUGAGGGGUCUGGUUCUGUCAACGCCACCUUUAGCCAAGACUCUCCUGAGGGGUCUGGUUCUGUCAAUGCCACCUUCAGCCAAGAUGAUGCUGAGGGGUCUGGUUCUGUCAACGCCACCUUUAGCCAAGACUAUGCUGAGGGAGGAGAGACACACCCCAGCAGCAGCGCUGCUUGUCCCGAACCACCCGCUCCAGCCGUAAGUCCACCCUUCACUGAAAUAGAAUUAAACCUGCACACUUGUCUCUGUCCUGGAUCAUACAGGGUACCCUUGUCUCUGGCUGGGGUCGUCAAGGGCGGAAAGGCCCCCGGAGGACCUCGCACCUGUCGAAUAGCUGACGCUUGA